AGUAUUAGUUUUCAGUUUCUUCAAUUCCUAAUAUCCUUCCAUUUACAAGAUAAAUUGUGGCUCUCAAGCAUGAAUUCAAGAUUGCUUUUGUAUUAUUUUUCUGUACAUUGUAUAGUACUAUUGUCAAGUUUUACUUUAGCUGCCUGUGUGAUCAAUGGAAACCUGACAGAUCGACUUGCUUUGCUCGAUUUCAAGGCCAAAAUAACUGAUGAUCCUCUCGGUUUUAUGCCAUUAUGGAAUGACUCCACUCACUUCUGCCAGUGGUAUGGUGUUACCUGCAGCCGCAGACAUCAGAGAGUCGCCAUCCUGAACUUGAGAUCCCUCCAGCUUGCGGGUUCUAUAUCACCACACAUCGGUAAUUUGAGCUUCCUAAGAGAUCUAUAUCUCCAGAACAACAGUUUCAGCCAUGGAAUCCCUCCGGAAGUUGGCCGGUUACGCAGAUUACAAAGAUUAAGGCUGUCUAACAAUUCGUUGACGGGCAAUAUUCCUUCCAAUAUAUCUGCCUGUUCCAAGCUUUCUGAAAUUUACUUUGCUUAUAAUCAGUUGGAAGGAGAAAUUCCUGAGGAGCUCAGCUUACUGGCAAAGCUCCAAGUUAUUUCCAUUCAGAAAAAUUAUUUUUCAGGAAGCAUUCCUCCUUCGAUAGGGAACCUAUCCUCUCUUCAGGUACUAUCUGCACCUGAAAACUAUCUAAGUGGAAAUAUUCCUGAUGCUAUAGGCCAACUAAAUAAUCUCAUUUUCAUCUCUCUUUCUGUAAAUAAUUUGUCUGGUACCAUUCCUCCUUCAAUUUACAACCUCUCUUCAAUAAACACUUUAAAUAUUGUGUAUAACCAAAUCCAAGGAAGGCUUCCCUCCAACUUGGGCAUCACUCUUCCAAAUCUCCAGGUUUUUGCCAUUGCGAGAAAUGACUUUAUUGGUUCUAUUCCUUCUUCGUUUUCCAAUGCUUCAAAUCUAGUAUGGCUCAUAAUGUCGGAAAACAAAUUAACAGGAAGAGUACCCUCCCUGGAACAGCUGCACAACCUUCAAAUACUAGGCCUUGGCUAUAACUAUCUUGGUUUGGAAGCUAAUGAUUUAGACUUCGUCUCAUCCUUGGUCAAUUGCACCAACUUAUGGAGACUGGAGAUACAUAAUAACAAAUUUCAUGGGGUUUUACCUGAAUCCAUUAGCAACUUCUCAACUACCUUUUCUCAGUUGGUCAUAGCUGAAAAUAAUAUAUCUGGAAGAAUUCCGUCUAGCAUUUCCAAUCUUGUUAACUUGGAGAGGCUUGAGAUGGCGAAUAAUCAGCUCUCAGGUAACAUUCCCAGUAAUUUUGGAAACCUAAAUAUGUUAAAGGUUCUGCAUUUAUUUGGAAAUAAACUUUCGGGAACCAUUCCAUCUUCUCUUGGAAAUUUGACAAUGUUGUUAACUUUGAGCUUUUACGAUAACAAUCUUCAGGGCAGAAUACCUUCAAGUUUAGCAGAAUGUGAAAAUUUGAUGGUACUAGAUCUUGCCAAAAAUAAUCUCAGUGGUUCCAUACCCUUACAGGUAUUUGGUCUUUCUUCCUUAUCAAUUGCGCUGGACUUGUCUGCCAAUCAUUUCACUGGUGUCAUUCCCAUGGAAGUGGGAAAUUUGAAAGAUUUGGAACAGCUGGGUAUCUCAGAUAACAUGUUAUCUGGAAGAAUUCCUGACAGUCUUGGAAGUUGCAUAAAACUUGAAGUCCUGGCCUUGCAGGGAAAUUUCUUUGAUGGACUUGUUCCCUCUUCUCUAAGUUCAUUGAGAGGACUUCGAGUAUUGGAUUUUUCUAGUAACAAUUUGUCAGGGGAAAUUCCAGAGUUUUUGCAGAGUUUUGACUUGUUGGAGUCGUUAAAUUUGUCAUACAAUAACUUUGAAGGGCGUGUACCAGUAGAAGGAAUUUUCAGAAAUGCAAGUACAACAUUAGUCAUGGGAAAUGAUAAGCUUUGUGGGGGAAUACCUGAAUUUCAUCUUGCUAAGUGCAAUGCUAAAUCUCCAAAGAAAUUGACUCUUCUCCUAAAGAUUGUAAUCUCUACUAUUUGUUCACUUUUAGGGUUAUCAUUUAUUCUCAUUUUUGCACUUACUUUUUGGUUAAGAAAGAAAAAGGAAGAGCCUACUUCGGAUCCUUAUGGACACUUACUCUUGAAUGUGUCUUUUCAAAGUCUUCUAAGGGCUACCGAUGGAUUCUCUUCAGCUAAUCUUAUCGGUAGGGGUAGCUUUGGGCAUGUGUAUAAAGGAUUUCUUGAUGAGGGAAAUGUGACAAUCGCUGUUAAGGUGCUCAAUCUCCUUCACCAUGGAGCUUCAACCAGUUUCAUAGCCGAAUGCGAGGCCCUGAGGAACAUAAGACAUCGGAAUCUUGUUAAGGUACUUACUGCAUGCUCUGGUAUUGAUUAUCAGGGUAAUGAUUUUAAGGCUUUGGUUUAUGAGUACAUGGUGAAUGGAAGCCUGGAGGAAUGGUUGCAUCCAAUUCCUAGAACAGAAGAAGUUGAGCCCCCAAGAAGCUUAAAUCUCCUUCAGAGGCUAAACAUAGCCAUUGAUGUGGCUUCUGCACUGGAUUAUCUUCACAAUCAAUGCACAACACCAAUUGUUCAUUGUGAUCUCAAGCCGAGCAAUGUUCUUCUUGACAGUGAAAUGAAUGGACAUGUUAGUGACUUUGGCUUAGCAAAAAUCCUUUCAGAAAGCACCAACAGUUUUCCUGUCAGUCAAUCAAGUUCAAUUGGAGUACGAGGAACUGUUGGUUUUGCUCCUCCAGAGUAUGGUGUAGGAAGCAACGUAUCAACAUAUGGCGAUGUUUACAGUUAUGGAAUCCUCUUGUUGGAGUUGUUUACAGGGAAAAGGCCUACAGAUGACAUGUUCAAAGAGGAUUUGAACCUUCACAACUUCGCUGAGAUAGCAUUUCGUGACCAACUGGCUGAGGUUGCAGAUCCUAUUCUUCUUCAGGAAACUGCUGUAAGGGAAACGAGGUUGAACAGCAGAAAAUGCCAAAGACUUGAGGAAUGCUUGUUUUCAAUGCUUAGAAUUGGGGUUGCUUGCUCGACAGAGAUGCCACAAGAAAGAAUGAAAAUCAAUGAUGUGGUAACUGGGCUGCAUGCCAUCAGAGACAAACUUGUUAGAAUCAGAAGACAUUGAGAGAUAGGUACUACAAAUAAUGCUCCUGAUAGCCAUACCCUUGUUUAAUAUUGUUCUUUCCUUAUCUUUUUUUUUUUUUUUUCUUUUCUUAAUACAAAAUAUAAGAAUCUGGUUCUACCAAUUUCUGAUACACAUACUUGAAUAGUUGGAUUGUGAAAUUAUAAUAUUUCCCUUUCUUUAUUUCUUAUUUGGCUCUUAUAAAGUGGAAACCUGCCGGAUGCUACUUAUGUCAAGACACUGCAUAAUUUACCUGGUCUGCACAAUUUCUGUUGUUAAAAUGAAAUGCUAUUCUCAAUCUGAAUCAAUUAAACACAAGUGGGAGACAAUACAGUUCUUUCAGAUAUCUAGUCAUGGCCAUUUUCUCUGAUAUCAAUGUUUGUAAGAACUAGCAAAUUCUCAUAAAAUUUAUAUUUAAUCUAGAAGAUGCAGUGUCAAAUACUUUGUUAGUAUUUACUAGCAGACCAUAAACAAAAUCUUUCUUCAGGUUUGCACCUGUAAGCCACUUCAGGGUAUGCUCAGGUUACUUAAAGAGGAGCAUGUUAUUUAAGGACUCAGAUAAUUGAUGGCAAUCAGAUGAUGAUGAAUUUUUGCAUUCAUCUAUUGAUCCAUAUACCAUCUUAGCCAAAUUUCAAGCCUAAUUUAUGAGAGAGAAAAAGGGUUCUUUCUUUUUUUUUUUUUUUUAAGAAAAAAAGAAGAAGAAAGGAAUUGAAAUAGAAAACAAGGGUCUAUAAUUAAAGUCCACCUAAUAUGAACUAAAGCAUUAUUAAUGGUUUGCUAUUAUUUUGAUCAAUAUGUAAAAUUUAAAUUGGA